AUGAGUUCAACUGAAAGCCGGUCAAUCACUGAAGGCGUCCCAUCACCCGGUAAUCCAGACCGUAAAAGAGUACUAAACGUUCUGGCACAGCGGAGAUACAGAAAACGAAGACGAGAGCGAGUCGCAGCACUCGAAGCCCGGGCUCAGGCCUCACCAUCAACUUCAUAUCCACUGCAAAACACGUUCCCAACGCCCGUCGUUACGCCCAUAGACUCAGAACCAAUUCGAAACGUCUCAAACGACACUCCUGAACUAGAUUCAAUACUGCAAACUGAAGCUGACUCACUCGUCGAGUUACCAAACAGCGAUAUGGGUGCUGCGUCCAGUUCCAACUUCACCGCCUCGUUCGACCAAACCAUAUUCGACAUACCCAUGCCAACGUUCACGGAUCUAGACCUCUCCUUCCCCCCAUCGACCCUAGCAAGCACCAAACCAAGCUACCUCGACCACGCCUCCGCUCCAACCUUCGACUUCCCCCUCACCCCGGACCAGAACAUUGAAGUCCCCGUCCUCGGUACCCUCCGCGCGACUCUAACCAUUGCAUCCCUUCUCUCCGUCCAAAACUCCCUCUUCGACAUCUCCUGCAUGCACACACUGGCACCAAGCCCUCAACUCCCUCCAAACCUCCAACCCACUGAAGCUCAACGGAGCAUCCCGCAUCACCCGAUCCUGGAUAUCCUCCCCUGGCCGACUGUCCGCACGAAACUGAUCUACAUGCUCACCAGCGGCGCCUCACAGCUCUCUGGCGGGCUAGCGAUCAUGCAGCUUGUCGCUGAUAUGGAUGACCUAGCGGAGGGGAUGCGGGUGAGUGGGACGAAUGAAUUGGAUGAGGCGAGUUGGGAAGUCGGGGAGGCGAUGUUGAAGAAUUGGUGGUGGGCGUUUGAUGCGCGGAUUAUUGGGCAUUCGAAUCAGUUGAGGGCGAUGAGGGGGGCGCCGAGGUUGAGGAUUGGUGCGUAG